AUGGAUGGCGGUGAUAGCAAUGACUCGGCUCUCUCAUUACUGGAUGAGAAACGCGAGAAGCAUUUAAUUCGCAAGAUUGACCUACAUAUCAUACCUUUUGUCGUUCUUCUAUAUCUAUUUAGCUUUCUUGACAGAGUCAACAUUGGCAAUGCCCGUCUAUAUGGGAUGGAAGAAGACCUGGGCCUGGUCGGAGAUCAAUACCAAAUUGCAGUAUCUAUUCUGUUUGUAACUUACUGUCUCUUCGAAGUGCCGUCAAACUUGGUUAUCAAGAAGCUUAGGCCAUCACGCUAUAUUGCAUCGAUAUCGGUUAUGUGGGGCAUCAUAGCGACUCUCACUGGAAUAACCCAGAAUUAUGGAGGCCUCAUCGCUUGUCGCAUCCUUCUAGGCGUCGUGGAAGCCGGACUGUUUCCUGGAAUGGUUACCUAUCUCACUAUUUUCUAUAGCAAGCGUGAAAUAGCACUGCGCACGGGCUACCUAUUCAGCAGUGCAGCCGCUGCCGGCGCAUUUGGCGGACUUCUAGCUUACGGCAUCGGCUUCAUGGACGGCGUCGCCGGUUUACGAGGUUGGAGAUGGAUCAUGAUCAUAGAAGGCAUUCCAACCGUCAUACUAGGGGGCCUAUCCUGGUUCUUUCUUGCGGAUGACCUCGAUACAGCCUAUUACCUGGAUGAUGAGGAGAAGGCCCUAGUAGUUCGACUCCGUCGUCGCGACGUGGGCCAAACAUCGUCCGCCCAAAAAUUUCACUGGGCAGACGUCAAAGAAGGUGCGCUGGACUGGAGAAUCUACGCCUUCUGCAUUGCUCAAUUCGGUGUCGACACUAUGCUAUACGGGUACAGCACCUUCCUCCCAACCAUUAUCCAGGGCAUGGGGUCGUGGACAACACCCGAAGUGCAAGCUCUUACGAUUCCUUGUUAUGCGGUGGGCGCAAUAAGUUAUCUGAUAAUUGCUUGGGCGAGCGAUAGAACUCAGCGUCGCGGAGUAUUCACUUGCAUCUUUGCUGCAAUAUCAGUGGUUGGCUAUGGAAUUCUGAUAUCGGAUUCUUCGUCAGGAGUACACUACUUCGGCGCCUUGCUUAUUGCCCUAGGAUUAUAUGUGGCUGUCGGAUUACCUCUCGCAUGGCUCCCAACCACUCUUCCUCGUUAUGGAAAGCGUACAUUCGCCACGGGGCUGCAACUGACUUUCGGCAACGUCAGCGGCGUCAUGUCUCCUUUCCUAUACAAAACGAAUGAAGCGCCACGUUAUGUUCGGGGCAAUGCAGUGACUCUGUCGCUGGUUGGAUUUGCAGGUGUUGUGUAUGGUCUUAUGUGGUGGUACUAUCAUGGCAAGAAUAAGCGCAGAGAACAGGGAGUGGAAGAUGAGAAGAUUGCAGGGAUGUCAGAAGAAGAAAUUGAGGAAAUGGGAGACAGAAAUCCUCGCUGGAGGGCCUGGAUUCAAAGCCCGUGGAUAGAGCAACAUGACGACUGGAAUCUUCACCAACAUCUUGGUGGAUAUGGGCCCUGGGUCGAGAAAUCCGCCGGAGACGAUGACGAUGAAUUACAGGGUGUUGAUGUACCAGAAAGUUGCACAGUUGACCAGAUACACAUGAUGUCGCGCCAUGCGGCGAGAUAUCCAACCAGGUCUGCAGGAAGCCGCCAUCUUGCCCUUUUGGAUAGAAUCCAUAAAGCAGGGAUUCCGCUGAACGGCUCGUUGUCAUUCCUAAACAACUGGACCUACAUCACCAGUAAUCCAGAACGAGACUUCGAGCAAUUGACCACAACCGGUCCAUACGCUGGCACUCAUCAAGCCUUCGAAACCGGAGUCCGUUUCGCAGCCCGUUACGGACACCUUAUUCCGUCCGAUGCGAAGACAAAGUUCUGGGCAAGUGAUUCCGAGCGCGUCAUUGAAACAGCCCAACACUUUGCCUCGGGGUUAUUUGGGUCUGACUGGGAAAGGGUCGGAAAGGCCGCUCUAGAGAUCAUCCCAGAGACAUUUGAUCGCCGCGCUGAUACACUCACACCGGGAGAUACCUGUCUAAAUUACCUAGAAGACGAAGAUCGUGGCCAUGACAACGGCAUAAAGAUGCUCACUUUGUUUCAGCAGGCGUAUAUCCCGUCUAUUGCGGAGCGACUGCUCGUUGAGGAGGGCAACCGUGAGCUUGAGGGAUUCACCAAUUGGGAGGUCUUCAGCAUGCAGGAAAUGUGUGGUUUUGAAACGACUGUACGGGGCUCGAGUCCCUGGUGCGAUGUCUUCACGCGCGAAGAUUGGAAAAUUUUUGAAUACGGACGUGAUUUGGUUCAUUACUAUCGUGGAGGCCCGGGAAAUCCUUACGCGGGCGCAAUGGGCUGGCUUUGGCUGAAUGCUACAGCGAAUCUUUUGCGAGAGGGGCCCAAGGCAGGUUCAAUGUUCUUCAGCUUUGUCCACGACGGGGAUAUAGCACCUUUCUUGACUGCGCUGGACAUAAUGAAAGACGCAAAGUACGACCCAAUUCUUCCUGUCACACAUCGGGCUGAAGACCGCAUUUGGUAUACCUCAACUGUGAUGCCAAUGGGCGGUCGGGUCACGCUUGAACGGAUGGCCUGUUCGCCAACAGAUCCUGUCCACAAAAUGAACGAGACAUUUCUCCGGAUAAAUAUCAAUGACAAGAUUGUGCCGCUGCCAUACUGUAAGUCUGGACCUGGCUUGUCUUGUCCGUUGACGGAGUUCGUCCGUGAUGUGGAUAGAAGAAGGGUUGAAGUAGGAGAGUUUGGGGAUGUAUGUGGUUUGGAUGGUGAUCGACUUGAAGCGGUCAAGAUCCGCCGUCCAUACCGCAGCGACUCACGUGACGGUAUCCGGGCUAACACUCACUGUUUUGAAUCUCGCAACCCUCGUCGACCCCCCGAAGAAUCUGGCCCAUUUGGCAAGCGCAGAAACGCCCGCUAUGAACACACCCGAUCUCGCACACGCACCGGCACACCGGCAGCAAAGCGCGAAAACCCCAAUGUAGCAGAAUUCGGGCGUCUAUUCGCCCAACAACAAGAAGAGGAGAAAGCGCGCAGCAACACCCUGCCCAAGUCAUCCUCCGCUUCCAACCUCGACAACGCCCGGAAGCAGCAGACAGAGAAGGUCGCAACCGAGUGCAUACUAUACGGUUACAAGAGCAAGGAUUUUGAAUGGAAAGUGAUAGACAAGUACGAGCGGAUCUCUCGCGGGUUCAUCUGUGAGGACUAUCCGCGGACCGACCCCAAUGCUUUGAACGGGUAUUCGCAGCUCCUGAGCGGCGGUGAUGUGGUCAUCCGGGCGAACUUAUCAGCGGACGCGAAUCGCAAAUCGAAGCGCUAUGCGGGAGGAUUUCACUGGAUUAAAGUGACGUUUGAUUCGACGACAGCGGCCGAUCGCGCGUGCUUCUACUCUCCGCAGGAAAUCGAUGGCCAUUUGGUCUUUUGUGAGCUGUAUCAUGGCCAGGGACCUGCGGAGGAUGCCCCUAUCGUACAAGGUUCCACGGAGGCGACUCGUCUCCAGUCGAAGGCGGCGCCUCGCACCUUGACUUCGUCGCAUUCGACGAGUUUCCUCCAACCGAAGGACACAGCCACCAAGGAACGCCAUACACUGCCGAGAUCUUUCGCCUCGAAUAACCUGUCCAGUAUCCUCGACGCCCAUGAGGAAGAGUCCCAGGAAUCAUCAUCGACCCCCACCGCUAGCUCCGCAACAGCCACCGCCAUCGAGCAACCAGCACCCCUGCAACAGCGCACAGUCGUAAAGGAGCCCAAGCCCGAAUCAGACUUCAUGACGCAUAUCCCGACGGUGCGUCGGACGAAGCUCCGACCCAUCACAGAAGCCCUUCCACCUCAGCCUACGGUCACAGAACGAGUGCUGCGCUCCAUCCCUAUUCUCAGCUGGUUCACGGGUGAUAUUGUAGGCGAUGGACCUCAACUCCGCGAAGACGGGGCAUUCGAUUUCGACAAGUCGAACACCUACUGGAAAUUCUGGUACAUGGUCGAUAGAAUCCUGGGGACAGAUAUCUGCGGACUGAAAGAGGAGUCAUGA